UCAGCUGUCUGUCACAAUCCCUGUCCCAGCCCCCACCCUCUCAGCUGUCUGUCUGUGACAAUCCCCGUCCGGGAUCUUUGCAUCCUGCCCUUGGGCUCUUGCCCUAGCUGGCAAGCCCACCCCCUCAUCACCAGCCUUGAAGUGUCAGAUUGCGUUUCCGGCUUCUUCUUUCCAAACCCCGGAGCCAGCCCGGCACCUGUUCCAUUGCACAGCCAACAGACUGAGGGAAAGACAUAAGCCCUAGUCAGAGGUGGGGGAUGGCAGGGCUUGGGCCCACACUGGGGCUGCUGGCUGCCCUUGUUGUAUGUGCCCUCCCAGGCAGCUGGGGCCUGAACGAGGAGCAACGGCUGAUCCAGUACCUGUUCAAGGAAAAGGACUACAAGAAGGAACUUCGGCCGGUGGCUCGCAAGGAGGACAAAGUGGAUGUGGCACUAAGUCUCACUCUCUCGAACCUCAUCUCCCUGAAAGAAGUGGAAGAGACCCUCACCACCAACGUGUGGAUAGAUCACGCCUGGGUAGACAGUCGGCUGCGAUGGGAUGCUGAGGACUUUGGGAACAUCACUGUCCUGCGCUUGCCCUCCGACAUGGUGUGGCUACCGGAGAUUGUGCUGGAGAACAACAAUGAUGGCUCCUUCAAGGUUUCUUUCGCCUGCAAUGUACUUGUUUCUAACUCGGGCAGUGUGACCUGGCUGCCACCCACCAUCUACCGUUCCUCCUGCCCUAUCUCGGUCACCUACUUCCCUUUCGAUUGGCAGAACUGCUCCCUCAAAUUCACUUCACUCAAGUACACAGCCAAGGAGAUCAGCCUUAACCUGAUGCAGGUGGAGGAAGACGGUCGUGCCUACCCCAUCGAGUGGAUCAUCAUUGACCCUGAGGGUUUCACAGAGAACGGGGAAUGGGAGAUAGUCCACCGGGCUGCCAAGGUCAAUGUGGACCCCAGCGUCCCAAUGGACAGCACCAAUCACCAAGACAUCACCUUCUACCUCAUCAUCCGCCGCAAGCCUCUCUUCUACAUCAUCAACAUCCUGGUACCCUGUGUGCUCAUCUCCUUCAUGAUCAACCUGGUCUUCUACCUGCCAGGCGACUGUGGAGAGAAGACAUCAGUGGCCAUCUCAGUGCUCCUGGCCCAAUCUGUCUUCCUGUUGCUUAUCUCCAAGAGGCUGCCGGCCACAUCCAUGGCCAUCCCCCUGGUAGGCAAGUUCCUGCUCUUCGGCAUGGUGUUGGUCACCAUGGUUGUGAUGAUCUGUGUCAUCGUGCUCAACAUACACUUCCGAACACCCAGCACCCAUGUUCUGUCUGAGGGAGUCAAGAAGUUCUUCCUGAAGACCCUGCCCAAGAUCCUGCACAUGUCCCAUCCAGCAGAGGAAAACCCUGGCCCCGGGACUCUCAUCCGGAGGAGCAGCUCCCUGGGAUACAUCUCCAAGGCUGAGGAGUAUUUCUCCCUUAAGUCCCGAAGCGAUCUCAUGUUUGAGAAGCAGUCAGAGCGGCAUGGGCUGGCCCGGCGCCUCACCACAGCCCGCAGCCCCCCAGCAAGCUCGGAGCAGGCCCAACAGGAGCUUUUCAGUGAGCUGAAGCCAGCUAUGGAUGGGGCAAACUUCAUCGUCAACCACAUGAGGGACCAAAACAGCUACAAUGAGGAGAAGGACAACUGGAACCAGGUGGCCCGCACAGUGGACCGUCUCUGCCUGUUUGUAGUGACACCCGUGAUGGUGGUGGGCACAGCCUGGAUUUUCCUGCAGGGUGUCUACAACCAGCCCCCACCCCAGCCUUUCCCCGGGGACCCCUUCUCCUAUAAUGAGAAGGACAGGCGCUUCAUCUAGAGCAGGCAUGAGUGGACAGUCAGGAAGACAGCAGUCUGAAAAUAGCAAUUAGUUCCUGGCCUUGACCUUGGGCCUCACUGAUGCUGUGUGGCUGGGCUGAGGAUAAGGUAGAGAGAGGAUCCCUCCCAGGAGCAAUUCCUUUCCAAAUAAAGGAGGGGAACUUGAGUUGGGCUGAGAGGGGACUUGGCGGGAGGGAGGCCCCAGGGAUGGGAGAGACACAAGGGGCUUCUCAGGGGCCAGGGAGGUGACAUGGGAUUUGCUGCUUGAGAACAGCCUGAGCCUCUUCCCUGCCUGCUCCCUUCCAGGGUUGUCAGAACUGAGUUCCUGUUUCCUUGUCUUUCUUCCCCACCCGCCCCUCAAACUCAGGCUCCCAGUGCCCACCUGGGGCCCAAGGGGGGGGGUCCUCCCUCUCCAUUCCCCAGGGCAAGGAGGCUUUCUAUGGUAAGGGACUGUCAUCUGCCAGCCCUUGAUCCCUUGGUCAUUCUAUCUGGGUCCUUCUGAGAAGCUGGGGACUGCUGUGGAAGGACCAUGCUUGGCAUCAGUCAAGGCCCCAUCAGCCUGAGUCAUAAACAUUCUAGAGUACCAGGCCUCAGCCCCCCCCAAGGUACCUGUACACCAACUCCCUCCCUCCUUGCCCCCAAAUUCCCCAAACCAGGGUUGCCUUACAAUAUUCAAGAUACAUUUGUGAUAAAGAAUUAUCGGAAGUUCAAA